CACUCUCUCGUGUGAUUAUUAUGAUCCUAAUCUGUAGUAGAUGAUGAUUAUUAUUUGCAGAAAUGCCUUACAGGUGACAUCAAUCUCUCUCUAUUGGAUAUGGAAUACUUACAAUAUUUGGAUUUGAGUUUCAAUGACUUUACAACUAUCUCAUCUGAUUCCACUGUCAACUCUUCAACUCUCAAUUACAUUGAUCUAUCAUACAACAAAUACCUUUCUAUCAAGAGUAUUGAGUGGCUCUCUCGCAUUUCCUCCUUAGAAUACAUAAACCUUGGUUACACUAAUCUUCACAGGGAAACUAACUGGCUUCACUGGAUGACGGCGCUCCCAUCAUUGGUGGAGCUCUACUUAGAGAGCUGUAAACUUGAAGACAUAAGUCCAUCACUUGAAUAUGCUAAUUUUAGCACAUCACUCCAGCUUAUUUCUCUUGCAGACAAUUCUUUUCACUCAGAGUUGCCUAAAUGGAUAUUCAAUCUCAGUUCUCAUGUCCUUCAGAUUGACCUUUCAAGAAAUUAUUUUAUAGGCCAGCUACCAAAUACGUUGCCCAAUCUUCAAUUCUUGGAUAUGCUCGCCUUGAAUGAUAACUAUUUAAGUGGCUCAAUUCCAGAUUGGAUAGGCCAACUUCAGUAUCUUGCCGGUCUUGCCAUUCAUGACAACUAUUUUUCUGGAUCUCUUCCUACAAAUUUGGGAAAUUUGUCAUCCCUAUACAUCUUCAUGGCCAAUCAAAACCUCUUCUCAGGGGUCGUGUCUGAAAGAAAUUUUGCAAAACUGAAAAAUUUGAAAUACUUGUUUUUGAAAUCACCAUACAUCACCUUUGAUUUUGAUCCCCUCUGGAUACCACCAUUCCAACUUGAGAAGCUGUACAUUGGACGACUGCACCCUACACUUCCUCAAUGGGUAUAUACACAGACAUCUCUCUAUUCUCUCAGCAUUGAAGACUCAGAGUUCUUGCUUGAAGCUGCUGACAAUAACAACAACUUUUGGAGAUUUACAUCCACAAUUCAGCAUCUGGAAUUGUACAACAACACAAUAGAAGGGGACUUGUCAGAAGGGUUGCUGAACUCCAGCAUCAUAGAGCUGACAUCAAAUAAUUUCAAAGGUGGUCUACCUCGACUUUCAUCCAAUGUUGUUUUCUUCCAGCUAAGCAACAGUUCUCUAUCAGGGUCCAUCUCUCAUCUCUUGUGCCACAGCAAGAAAAGCAACAAUAAAUUGCAGUACUUGGACCUUUCUGAUAAUAAUUUAUCUGGAGGACUAACAGACUGCUGGAUGAAUUGGAAGUCGCUGCGUCAUGUUAAUCUGGGAGGCAACAAUCUUAGUGGCAACAUACCCCCAUCAAUGGCCUUCUUGUCGAAUCUCACAUCACUGCAUCUGCAUGAAAAUAAUUUGUCUGGGGACAUAUCUUCUUCAUCACUUCAGUAUUGCCGCUCCCUGUCCAUCCUUAAUGUCCGCGAGAAUAGCUUCUCUGGAAACAUACCAAAGUGGAUGCCGCAGAGUAUAAGGAUUCUCCAGUUAAGGUCCAACAAAUUCAUUGGUAACAUUCCCUCACAGAUAUGUCAAAUGCCUUUCCUCAUUGUUUUGGAUAUUGCAUAUAACAGAAUCUCAGGUCAUAUACCCAAAUGCCUAAACAAUAUCACAUCCUUUGUUGACAUGCACUAUUCAACCAGUUGGAUUUUCUACGAAUUCUUUGAUGGAGGGGCUUUCUUUAUAUACAGAGACAACCUUAUAUUGCUUGUAAAAGGUCAACAAUCGGAUUAUUAUAAAAACCUGAAGCUGAUGCGCAUGGUUGAUCUUUCAAGUAAUAAUCUGACAGGAACAAUGUCUCCACAACUGUUCAGCCUCUCUCAGUUGCAUUUCUUGAACCUAUCCCAUAACAGGCUAACAGGAACCAUACCAAAAGAGAUUGGGAGCAUGACACAACUGGAGUCUCUUGAUUUAUCCAAAAAUGAACUCACAGGACAGAUUCCUGAGAGUAUAUCCAGUUUGUCUUUCCUCGAUAACUUGAACCUGUCAUUCAAUAACUUGAGAGGCCAAAUCCCAUCAGGGACCCAACUUCAGAGCUUCAGUGAGCUUAGUUAUAUUGGAAAUGUCGAUCUUUGUGGACCUCCCCUUCCCAAAAACUGCUCAAAUCAUGAUGAUGGCACAAAUACUUUGGAUGAGAAUGAUCAUGAUGAUGAUGAUGAUGAAUCUGAGUUUCGGAACUGCCUCUAUAUGGGCUUAGGAGUUGGCUUUGCUGUAGGCUUUUGGGGAGUUUGUGGUGCCAUUUUCUUCAGUCGCAAGUGCAGACAUGCUUACUUCAGAUUUCUGUAUGACUUGAGAGACCGAUUUUAUGUCCUGCUGCUCACAAAUCUCAACUCCUUUCACUGA